AUGGAGGAGAUGAGUACGUGUAAAGGUGCCGGCGGGGCGGGGGCGGGGGAGGGGGAGGAGGAGUCCGAGGCCGAGCUGUCCCGGGGUCUGGCCCGCACCAAGACCCGCUCCUACGGCAGCACCGCCAGCGCCACGGCCCCUCUGGCCGAGAGGUACACCCAACACCGGGUCAGCGGCACCGACACCCUCCAGGGCCUGGCCCUGCGGUACGGGGUCACGAUGGAACAGAUCAAGAGGGCAAACAAACUCUUCACCAGUGACUGCAUCUUCCUGAAGAAGACACUGAGCAUCCCCGUCAUAUCCGAAAAAGUGUUGCCGUUUAACGGACUGAACUCGUUGGACUCUCCCGAGAACGAGGACAGCACGGAGCGGGGCGGCCUGGGUGAUGAGAGGCCCGCGGCGGUGCAGGAGGAAAGCUCUUCGUCCUCGAGCCCGGAAGAUCCCGACGUGCGGCCCGCCCAGCCCGAGGAGCUAUCCGCUAAAGACUUCUUGCAGAGGCUGGACUUGCAGAUCAAACGAUCGACCGAGGCGGCUGCCAAGAAGUUACAAGAAGAUGACGCAGGAGCUGGCGAUGCUGAACAGCAGGAGAGUCUCUACGCAUCAUCCUCGUACCACAAUCAAAGUUGAAAGGCGGAAAGUAAACCAGGGGAGGGAUUGAAUUCUGAAGUAUGACUGGGACGAUCGUAGGAUGAGAGGAGGGGAGGGGAGGGGGUGUUUUGUUGCUGCUCUUUUUUUUCUUUGCCUGAAUCAGUGAUGAUUGUGUUAACUCUGGCACUGCACCAAAGCAGGUCUGACAGCGGGGGAAAGGGAAAGGUCAGACUUUGCUUGGCGUGAAGCGCUUGGUACUUUUGUGUUAUCUUUCUGCCUCGCCUCGGCCCUUCUUUGGGUACCUUCCGAUUGAUUGAACGAUGGGACGGCUGCCAGAGUUUGGGGGGGCGCCUGCUUCCGUCUCGGUGUAAAGUGAUCGAUCGCCAAUCCCUCUGCGCCGGCAUCGAGAAGAUACCUGCAAUAGCACCUGAACUAUCCGUUUCCAAAGUGUGUGCGUGCGUGUGUCUGUGUAUGCGUGUGUGUCUGUGUCUGCGUGUG